AAGCGGACCGUUCAUUCAUAAGUUUACAGUCACUAGUUCAUGUAGUAUUUCUGAGUUCCGUACAGCCGUGUAUGAUACAAUCUACGACUAAUUAGGUCGUGGUAGUUUGUGUUUAUGGACAUAGUAUUUCUAAGUUGGAAGCGACUACCGAAACACGUCGAAAUGAUUAUGGACGGUCUUGAUGCUUUGUCUCGGGUUGCCCUGGCAGAUAUUCAUAGUUUGUGCUACGACACACCGAGCCUGUCGGAAGCCGGGAGUUUUCUUGGAAGUCGGACAGUAUCCGAGUCGCUUGACGAUUCACUUAAUACGCCUGUGACAACAUGUUCAGACGAAACAUUCUUUGGACCAGAUUCUCUGGAACCGCCUCCUAUAACAACAACCGCCAAUAUUGUGACCUCCAUCAACGUCACGGAAGGAAAACCAGCCGAUGGGAUGCUGCCAAACAGAUGCCAAGCUCCACAGGCAGGCAGUGUGACCCACACCAUCUCUUACAAGGGGACCCUGGUGACGUCGUCCGUGACGCCGACAUCCACCAUCAGUGAAGGCAUCAACCCAUCACUGGCAUCGUUCCUCACUCCGCUGUCACCCCUGAUCACCAUCUUGUCUGAAGCGGUCAAUAAUGGACAAGUGUUAAAGCUACAGCAACCACAGCAGCAGCAACAUCAACAACAACAUCCAUGCUCCGGACCCGUGGUUCAGUGCGACUACAGCGGUCUACCGGCCUACACGACGCCCGUGACGUGCAACGCGUUCACGGCCACGACGUGCUCACCGUACACCCCAGUGACGUGCAGUCCCUACGUGCCCGUGACAUGCACGGCGUACACGCCGGACGCCUGCAGCGCCGACCAGACCUGCGACAGCAACACCGACGUGUCCGUGUUUUCGUCGCGAACCUCGUCGCCGACGUCGGCCACCUCUCCGCAAUGCCACUCGCAGGCCGACGUCUGCAGCCUCUCGGACAACUGCGACCAGUACUCGCAGGGCUUCGGGUCGCCGGUGACGCCAGGGUCCAACCAGUCCCUCACGCCAGAACCGCAGAUGCCUUCUGUCGGCGACGUGUUUGGCAGGAGCGACAGCUACAGCAGCCCGCCGCCGCCACCACCGCCAUCGUAUUCCCAGUCCAUAGCCCUGUCGGGGUCGAUGGAUCUGGAUAUGAACAGCAUGUCGAUGAAGCAGCAGCAGCAGCAGCAGCCCCAGCCAGCCAUGUACAGUUGUAGCCAGGUCCAGUCGGGCCAGUGCGAGCAGCAGCAACAAUCUGUGAUGGGUUUCCAGCAGAACACGCUGUCAGAAACUAUUCUACAGAUGCAAAUUUCUGAGUUUAACAAAAACACUAAUCUGAGUGCGGAUCUAAAAUGGUCGGUUUCGCCCGUCACCGGAACGACAACGACCACCCCAUUGCCGGACUUUACCGCUCUGCAGGUGGCCCAACCUCAACAGAACGUGGACGCCAUUACCACCAUGUCGCUGCAGUUCCAGCCGGUGCAGAAAUCUAUCAAAUCCGAACCCGUGUCUGAGAUGGACGAUCGGUAUCUGCUUACGUCAGCCGAUCCCAUGGAUUUUGUGUCGUCAUCGACCGUGUCCAGCCUAACAGACGUUAAAUCCACGCUCAGCCAACCCUACAACCAGACUCUAAAACUGUUGCCCCUUAAACCGAGGCGCUACCCGAACAGGCCAAGUAAAACGCCCCCUCACGAACGCCCGUACCCUUGCCCUGUUGAAAACUGUGAUAGGCGGUUCUCGCGCAGUGACGAACUCACACGUCACAUCCGGAUACACACGGGACAGAAACCGUUUCAGUGUAAAGUGUGUAUGCGGUCCUUCAGUCGCAGCGACCACCUGACCACUCACGUUCGCACCCACACGGGCGAAAAACCGUUUUCUUGUGACAUUUGUGGACGAAAGUUUGCCCGCAGUGACGAAAAGAAAAGACACGCCAAAGUACAUUUAAAGCAGCGUAUUAAGAAAGAAGCGAAACUGCUGGCGUCUAGUGCGUCUCUACCUUGCACCAACGCGACCAGUAGUUCGAGUUCUUACAUGGACACCUCUUGUAGUGGUACCAGCACACUUCCGCUGGCCGUGACGACAAACUCAUUGUGAACUACGUCAUCGUUAUGGUGCUACGCAAAUUAAUGCUGACAAUGAACAGUUUAUUACAAAACUACAUCAUGCCCAUUUAAGGGGUUUAGGCCACUGUGAAGCUUUAACACAAUUCUUCGAUAAACGAAGUUAGAGAGAACAACAUGACAUAAAACUCAAAUUAUAUAUUAUUGUGUCUGAUUUUAAAAGUAACAGUUAAUUGUCCGUUUGUCUGUUAGUCAGUCUUCUGUCUGGUAUGUUAUCCAUAGUAGUUGUUGUCACCGGUGAUGCUAGUUACGUAUUAUUUAUGAUCGGUUUUAAGAGUACGUUCGUUGGUUUUGUUUAUUCACUGUGCCAUUGUGUAUUCAAGCCACCAGAAGUUGCCAUUUUAAUUAUUUUCACUGUUGAUUUCAUGUUAAAUAUUUUAAUAGCUUUAUUCAUCCUUCCCAGGCAGCAUUUUCUCACAGACCGUUACUUCACUCGUUAUACCUCAUUUUUCAUCAACACUCUUACAUGACGUCAUUUAUAAUCCACUGUGUUCAUAAACUGUGACGCCAGUUAAUUGUCUUUUAUCACGUGAUAAGCGAUAUCCUGCUAGUAUCACUUUAUGACUUUGCUUUAAUCGGUCAUGAUAAUUGACCAAUACAAACGGUGGUUGCAGGAUAAAUAUAUGAAACAACUGGUUAAUGGUGUAGCUUAUCGGCUUUAUACUGUCCCGAAAUUGAUCACUGGCGAAGUCGGGAUCAAAUCCGUGAUAGGCGUGCUUAACCUGAAGUGGAUAGGGGCACGUAAAUAGAGUACCCAUGCCAUAUCGGCUUUAUCCUGUUCAGGACGAUUGGCGAAUUCCGCCCGGCAAGUCUCGCGGAGUUGCCCAUUCUUAUCCUCACAGGAUAAAGCCCAUACUAUAUUGCCAUUAGCCUGUUAUUCCAUAUUUACGGAUAGUUACUGUACUUGUAAUAUUGUCACGUCGCCUCGUCCUUUGUAUUGUGUAUAAUAUUACAGUGCUAGUCAAGCUUAUUGUUACGUAGGUUCCGCGUGGCAGCACACGCAAUUUGUGAUAUCGCUGAUCAGUGUAAACUUCGUAGUAAACUAAUAUGUAAUAUGUGCACUUGUAUUAACAACACCUUUGGCUAUUUUUUCAGUGCAGUUGGUGUAUGUGUUAUUAUUACAACAAUAACAAUCAAAAUGUUUGGUAGAUCUGUUGUGAAUCUUUAACUCAUUAAUAUCUACAGAUUGCUUUUGUGCAUUUCCGGUUGUGUUGUAUAUACAGAUAUAUAUAUAUGAACUGUUUCCUGAAAAUGUUACUCCUUUUCAAAUGUGAUAAUGUUUAAGAUGUUAUGCUUUAUUAUAAAAAUUAAAAGCCUUUGGAAGAGUAAAAAUAUAUAUAUAUAUUUUGACACUGAAUUCACGUUAUUUUCUUCAUGUUGUUUCACUUAUCUUAAUUCUGUUAUAUGCGUCUCUUUCUGGCAAAGACGAGUACUUUCGCAUUAAAUGCAGUUGUCGUUAUUUGAA